CCGGCGGCUGAGGCUGCAGCUGAUCGCGGCGGCGGGCGGGGCCGGCGGGACUGCUCUGCCUUGGGGCGUCGUGUGCUCGCUGGGCAUCCCCGCUUAACCCUCCGUGUGUAUAACAGAAAGUUUGAAGUCAUGUCCACAAAACCAAAACUUUACUACUUUGAUGGAAGAGGCAAGAUGGAAUCGAUUCGUUGGUUGCUGGCUGCAGCUGGGGUCGAGUUUGAAGAAGAGUUUUUGGAAACCCGAGACCAGUAUGAGAAACUCCUGCAAGGUGGAUCCCUGCUGUUUCAGCAGGUGCCCAUGGUGGAGAUUGAUGGGAUGAAGAUGGUGCAGACCAGAGCCAUCCUCAACUACAUUGCAGCAAAGUACAACCUCUAUGGGAAGGACCUGAAGGAGAGAGCCUUGAUUGAUAUGUAUGUUGGAGGAACUGAUGACCUUAUGGGCUUCAUUUUGAUGUUCCCUUUCUUAUCAGCAGAGGAUAAAGAGAAACAACAUGCUCUCAUAGUUCAAAAGGCGACGGGCAGGUAUUUCCCAGUGUAUGAAAAGGUUUUGAAAGACCAUGGGCAGGACUUCCUUGUUGGCAACAAUUUUAGCUGGGCAGAUGUUCAUCUUCUUGAAGCCAUUUUAAUGGUAGAAGAGAAGAAGUCAGAUGUACUAUCAGGCUUUCCUCAGUUACAGGCAUUUAAAGCAAGGAUAAGCAGCAUCCCUGCAAUCAAGAAAUUUCUGGAGCCAGGAAGCCAGAGGAAACCUGUUCCUGAUGAUAAAUAUGUGGAGACUGUCAGGAGAGUUCUUCGCAUGUAUUAUGAUGUAAAAGCCAAUUAGUUUGCCUGGCUGCAGGCGGUAAGAGAGCUGCCUGACUGCACAUGUCUAAUUACACUGUGAAAGAAGGCAGAGGGGUGUUCCAGAAGUGUCUCAGUGGGAAAGAGGUCAUGCCCUCACACAAAAUACAGCAGGCAGGUGUCUUUUAUAACACUUCAGUACUAGCCUAUUUUCUCCUUCAUUCAUCUCGAGAUUUUUAAGCAA